AUGACCGCCAAUACAUCGGAGGCUGACGAAAGCCGUCGAGUAAUUCGUCUGUUAGAACGAUCUAUUAUUAAGCGCGAUGUUGCGGUUAACCGUUUGCGCUCAGUUAUGAGUCUCGCGGAACGGAGUAUGAAAGAUCCGGAAGAGUCGCCGCAUUUACUAGAGGCAGUCGAAGACCUCGACAACUUAUGGUCAAAGUUUGAGGUGGAGGAUGAAGCGAUUUUGGAUCAUCUAUUAUCUCUCGAACGCUCAUCUGAGUACUCAGCUAAAUUAAGUGCGGAAAUGCGUGAGUUAGUCACAUUUUGCAAAUCUGUCGCCAGGCGAUAUCGUGAGUCUGAGCAAUCCUCCAGCAAUAUUUCGGUUCGUAGCGGGUCCCAUGUAUCUGUUAUGUCAAAUAAGGGUGCUACAAUACCAGUUGUACAACAGACGACUAUGCCGGACAUCUCAUUACCUACAGUCAGCUCAAGUCAGGUCUCGAUCUCGCGUUUACCUGAAAUUCCAUUACCAAGUUUUGAAGGCGAUAUUUUUCAAUGGCCCUCAUUCCGCGACAAGUUUUCUAUUAUGGUUGACCAACGCCCUACAUUGUCCAAUAUCGACAAAUUGCAUUAUCUGUUAGGGUGUUUAAAGGGUAGAGCGAUGGACGCGGUUCGUAGUAUACCGCCGUCUGGUCACACGUAUAAAUUGAUCUGGUCGAGUUUGGAAUCUCGUUUCGAUAAACCUCGUUUGGUUGCCGGAUCUGUGGUAGAGUCGUUGUUGAGCACGCCACCAUCUACUACCGAAUCAUUGGCGGAACUCAACCGGUUUAUGGUUGCUUUUAGUGACAGUGUCUCUGUGCUCGAAUCAUUGGCCAUACCGAAUCUCGGUGAUUUUAUUCUAUUCUCGCUUGCAUCGCGCUGCUUACCCACUUCGUGCAGAACAUUAUUCGAGACACAGGUUACGGCCGAUUAUCCCACGGUUCAUGAGCUUUUUGCCUUCGUCAAAUCGCGUGUGUCUAUUCUUGAACGUGUCCAAGAUCUUCAUGUUUCGAAGCCGGUGCAACCGUCGCGUUCUUUAGGACAACCUCGUUAUGAUAAGAAGGGCCACCGUAGAUCAGAAAAGCCACCGCAAUCAUCGUUUAUCAAUGCGGCACCACCGCCAUCAAAGUCUCAGUGUAUAUGUUGCAAUAAUGGAAAACAUGCGUUACCGUCUUGUAAUAGGUUUAAAAGAUGGUCGAAUGACGUUCGAUCAAAAUGGGCCCGUGACCACAAAUUAUGUUUUCGUUGCUUAGAGGACGGUCAUUGGAGCCCUCAGUGUAAAUCAUCAACGGUGUGUUCUCACUGCUCUCGUAAGCAUCACACAUUGGUCCAUACAGAUGAAGUUGCAGGAACCGCGCGUAAGGAAGAGACCGUUCCAGUUGCCGAUCAACCAGGGUCAUCGUCUGUGUCAACAUCGUGCGUUGGACAGCUCGAUUCUCAUUCCGUUUUGUUGGGUACAGCACUCGUUCAAAUUCGUGACCAUGUAGGUACUUUACACACCGUCCGGGCUCUAGUUGACUCAGCUUCCCAAAUAAGUGCUAUUACGUCAUCAUGUUCGUCCCGCCUUGGUUUGCGCGUAUCGCGUUGGACAGCGCCGGUAAUUGGGUUGUCUGGUGCGCCGGUCCCUGAUACUCUCGGUAUUGUAAAUUGUAAUGUACAACCGCGGUAUGCUGAGGAACCUGUCUUACCUAUAAAGGCAUGGGUAUUCUCAACGAUUACAGCAAAUAUGCCACGUCAGCCGUUGUCAAGGGCAUUUUCCGAAAAGUACCGACACCUAGCUUUAGCUGACCCUUCGUUCACCAUUCCGGGCGCCAUAGACCUGCUAUUAGGUGCAGAUAUAUUUGCCCAGGUACUGAAUGGCAAACGAGUGUCCUUUGGUGAUACCUUUCCAGUCGCGUUCGGUUCGGUGUUCGGCUGGAUUAUCAUUGGACCAGUUCCGAAUUCUACGUCGCAGUCACCACAUUCGUGCCCUAUAUCAUUGUUGAACGUGUCGGUUGAAUCGUUACUCGAUAAGUUUUGGAGCAUAGAAGAACCUGCAGCUGCGCCUGAAAUAUUCACGGAGGAAGGUCAAUGUGAGUCGGUAUUUCGCAUGGGUUGCACUCGUUCUAGUUCAGGCCGCUUUAUAGUUCCUUUACCCUUCCGUCAACCCGUUACUGAUUACAUUUUCCGCGGUUCCCGUACAGUCGCGAUCAAACGGUUUGAAUAUCUAGAGAGGCGAUUAUCCGCUGACCACCGACUACGUGAUCUAUAUGUUAAAUUUAUGUCAGAAUACUGUUCGUUAGGACAUAUGUCGCCUACUUCGAGUCCCGGAUCAUAUUAUAUACCUCAUCAUGCCGUGUAUCAGCCGUCAGAAACAGAUCCGAAAAUUCGCGUGGUAUUUGAUGCCUCCGCUCGGGCUUUUAAUGGUGUAUCGUUAAACAAUUGUUUACUACCCGGCCCGAAAUUGCAGCGUGACGUCGUGGACGUGUUGCUAUUAUUCCGUCUGUUGCAGUAUGUCUUCACAACAGACAUCUGCAAAAUGUAUCGGCAGAUAUUGGUUGUUCCAGAACACCGCAAAUUUCAGCGUAUCCUUUGGCGUGCGUCACCAUAUGAUCAGCUGCAAGAAUAUCAGCUCAACACAGUCACGUACGGGGUGAAUUGUGCGCCGUACCUCGCCAUUCGUGUGUUACAACAUAUCGCGGAUUCUGACUGCACCGAAUUCCCAUCCGUUCGUAAGGCAUUGUUAUUUCACACAUAUGUUGAUGACAUAUGCGUCGGUGCCGAUUCUGAAAAGGCAGCAGUUGAACUGCAGUCUGCACUGAUCGCCGUCCUCGGCCGAGCUGGGCUGGAAUUAAAGAAAUGGUCUAGUAAUACCCAAUCAAUUUUGAAUAAUGUGCCCCCGGAAGACAGAGCCAACGGUGCAUUGCCAUUUGAUGAAGGCGACGGAGUUAAGGUGUUAGGUCUCCGAUGGAGCCCACACGAUGAUGCAUUCACCUAUGGAUUUCAAAGUGAGAAGCUGGUAGCUACGAAACGCGGCAUGCUAUCGUUAAUAGCCCGAAUAUUUGACCCUUUAGGGCUUCUGUCGCCGGUCGUUUUUAUGGCGAAACAUUUUAUGAAAUUGGUAUGGCGGGCUAACGUUGCUUGGGAUGAACCAUUACCACCUUCCGUCAGUGACGUCUGGUACCAAUUUGUAACGGAGUUGCCGGAACUCCGGAAACUGUGUAUUCCACGGUUUGUUCAUACGCGGUCCGGUAUGCGCGUUGUCUUGUGCGGUUUCUGCGACGCAUCCGAACGUGGAUACGCAGCGGUCGUUUAUAUUCGUUCUGAAAAUUCAUCCGGUUCCUCCUUCGUUUCUUUGCUGGGUUCUAAAACUAAACUCGCUCCGAUGGCUGCAUCAACCAUCCCGCGGUUGGAGCUGUGCGGCGCAGUCCUUCUAGCAAAGUGGAUGUCUCGCAUCAAACAGACACUUAGUGUGGAAUUGGAAAUAGUUGAAACUCACGCUUGGAGUGACUCUACAAUCGUCCUCAAUUGGUUGGCAGUGCGCCACGUGACCUUCAAGGUUUUUGUGUCAAAUAGGAUUCAUCAAGUACAGUCAUUACUUACUGACUGUCAGUGGCACCAUAUAUCGUCAGAAGAUAAUCCGGCUGACUGUGCUUCCCGGGGAUUAACACCAUCUGGUUUAGUGAAUCAUGUACUAUUUUGGAAGGGUCCAACGUUCCUCACGUCACCCACCGUCGAAUGGGCUACUCGUGUUCCAUCAAUUGAACCGGACCAACUUCCCGAGGCUAAGGUAGAGAUUCCUACGGUUCUACUCGUCGAAUCAACAACGGAAUGGUACUCCCGAUUCUCGUCGUAUGUGCACAUGAUCCGUGUCGUCGCCUAUGUCCGUCGUUUCAUUCUCUUCUGUCGUCGCCGUCAGCAAGUUUUUGAGUGUUAUCUCACGCGCGUUGAGCUCGAUUCGGCGUCAUUGGCAAUUGUCCGAUUUUCCCAACUAACAUUCUUCAGUAAACUUCGUCAUGAAUUAAGUUGUUCAAAACCAAUAUCGGUGCGGUCUGUUGCACGACUCCGACCUUACAUUGAUGAUAGUGGCGUAAUCCGAGUAGGUGGUCGAUUAUCCAACGCUCAACUAUCAAACGAACAACGACAUCCAAUUCUAUUGGCAAAAUCGUCUCAUCUAUCUCUACUUCUAAUACGUCAUUGGCACGAUCUCACCGGCCACAGUGGUCCCCGCGUCAUAACAGCACUCUUGGGACGUCAAUAUUGGAUUAUGUCAGUGGGUACUCUUAUUCGUACAGUCAUCAGUCACUGUACGCGUUGCGUUAGGCUGUCAGCCGCUAACCCGCAACCGGUUAUGGCAGAUCUGCCGCGAUCCCGUGUAACCGAAUGUCGCCCUUUCUCCCGUGUAGGGAUUGAUUACGCAGGGCCGUUGCUUAUGAAGGAGCACCGUCUUCGGAAGGCGCGUCAGUAUAAAGUUUAUGUGGCAGUAUUCGUAUGUUUUGCAGUCAAGGCGGUACAUCUAGAGGUCGUGUCUGACUUAUCCACUGAUGCCUUUAUAGCUGCGCUCAAUCGGUUUGUCGCCCGUCGUGGUCUUCCCACCGAUAUCUACUCCGACUGCGGGACAAAUUUUGUCGGCGCCGCAGCCCAACUCAAAAACCUUAUUAACCAUCGAGACAACCAAGGUCAACUGUCGGCAUCUAUACAAUCUGUUUGGCAUUUUAACCCCCCAGGCGCACCGCAUUUCGGCGGCCUAUGGGAGGCGGCAGUGCGUUCGGCCAAGACCCUUUUAAUCCGCAUCAUGGGAGAGCACACAUUUACUCUAGAAGAAUUUACUACUAUAUUGUGCCGCGUGGAGGCUAUAUUAAAUUCGCGCCCGCUCACUCCAAGCUCCACUGAUCCUAACGAGAUUGACUACUUGUCGCCAGGACAUUUUCUUAUCGGACAACCGUUACUUGCGCCGCCAGAGGAAAACAUACCGCCCACUCAAUAUUCUUUGAAUAACCGCUGGAAGCUACUCAACCAAUGCGCUCAAGCCUUUUGGCGUCGCUGGAGGGACGAGUACCUGCAAACAUUGCAAACGAGGGGACGAUGGACAGCUGAUACCCCUAACCUCGCUGUAGAUGACUUAGUUAUCGUCAAGGACCCGCAUUCACCACCUUUAACGUGGCGCAUGGCCCGUAUCCUUGAAGCAGUGCCAGGUACUGACGGUGUCGUGCGCGUCGUUCGCCUUCGGACAUCUACCGGGGUUUUGACUCGCCCAGUUGUAAAAGUGGUAAAGCUCCCUACCGUAUAAACUUAUGUUCCUGAUCUAACUCAUUUUUUUUCUCCUUAUAUCACCAUCUAUUUAUUUAUUAAUUUUUACUUUUUAUAUUCAUUGCCUAUGUACAUACCACGCUCUAUCCUUGGAUGUGCUCAGUAUACAGUUGGU